AACAGGUAAGUUUUGGAGCGAAGCAGCCCGAGAUUCCAGUUGUGGUGUCGUGCACGCUUGAAUGUUUUCGCGUUACCGCUCUGUUACUUGUAUCUUCUGAGUGUGCAUUGAAGAAAAGAUAAAAAACGCUAACAAAGUUUCGGUGGUGUAGUUUGCUGGUGAGCGUAAGGGAUUUAUGUGAUCUGGCCAAGUGGAUACCGAAAACUUUCCUAGAGAUCUGCCAUAGAAAAAGGAGCUGAAAUUCGUAUCAACAACAUUCGGAAUUGCAAUAAACUAUAUCCGUCGACUAGCUGUGCACUGAUCAGCAGGUGAAAUGAGACGAAACAUUGGAAUUUCGUAAUACCUACGCGAUUGCGGCUUACUUCAUGCAUGGUUAGAUGAAGCAACUCCCUGGUUAGGCUGGUACGACAUUGGAACAAGGCUCACUAGAAAACCAUACGCAAUUUACCUUAAAGAUCCUUGCGUCCAGGAUGCUGAAGCUGAACAUAGUAGUAAAUGGCAUUACCGAUUGCUUGUAGGUUGACCAGUGUCAUCUCUUCAAGACAACGUCUAGAUACUGUCAAGGACAUACGAACCUAGUCAAAACGCCUAUGAGCUUCUAUUUACCAUCUCUAUCGUUCCCGAUCUCAUAGACCAAAAUCCAGCCUAGGACCCUAGGAACCAUGCCGCGAAAACUUCUCAAGUUUCUUAUAAUCUUUGAUAACACAUCCCUUCUUUACUUCCCUGGACAGUUUUUGUCAGGACGUGUAUUACUCGAAUUGCAAGAUGAUACUCCAGCGUUGGGGUUGCAUUUUCAUGUAGUUGGUGAAGGGGUGGUGCGUGUUGGAUCGGCCCGUCAGGAGCGAACCUACGAUAAGGAGAAUUACAUUGAUUUUCGAAUGAAACUAUUGGGAGAUGCUGAUCAAGGACCUUCAGUUUUAUCACCGGGAAUUCAUAGCUUUCCAUUUAAAUUGGGUCUACCACUUGGUCUGCCUUCGACAUUCCUGGGGCGUUACGGUUGGAUACAAUACUAUUGUAAGGCGGCAUUGAGGGAGCCAACAGGAUUGAUACAUAAAAAUCAUCAAGUCUUUAUUGUGAUGAAUCCGAUCGAUCUGAAUUUGGAACAGGCAAUAUUAUCGCAACCAUUCAAGUGCGAUGUAGAACAUAAACUUGGAGUAGCCUGUGUUGGAGGAGGUACAGUCAAAUGUCGCGUUGCACUCGAUCGUGGUGGAUACGUACCCGGAGAGAGUAUAUCAGUAAAUGCUUUCGUUUCGAAUGGCAGUAACGUUACAAUCAAGCGUACGAAAGCCGCACUUACAGAGACGAUUGAAUAUAUGGCCCGAGGAAAAGUCGUACAAGUUGAAAAACGCGAACUAGCUGUUAUAUCACGUAAUAAAAUUCGUCCCGGUGAUAAAGACGAAUGGCAAAAUGAAACACUAUAUGUUCCUCCAUUGCCACCAACAAAUCUACGUGGAUGCCAUUUAAUUAAAAUACAAUAUGAUGUAUUCUUUUUAAUUGAACCUAAAUCCUUAGAGAAACAAAUAAAGCUCCAAUUGCCAAUAAUGUUAGGAACAUAUCCAUUUAGAAAUUCUGGAGCUGAUGUAACAAAUACUUGGCCUGAUUCGGUACUUAAGCCGGACACACAUUAUCCUUCAACGUUGCCAAUAUUUCGCCCGUGGCUUCAUGAAAAGGCGGAAACAAAUUAAGGAAAAAAGGGAUAAGACUAGGGAAGAUGUAGAAAAAGGGAUUCAUAUAGUAUAACAUGAAGGUAUAGAGUUUGUAUUCAAUGCUAAGAGCGAACUUUUUCUCAUGCUAAAGACAAAAACCGAUAAUAUCUGGGGAAAGACAAUGAAAAAGGAAGCAAAUCUGCCGAGAAAAACCACUUGUGAACUUUUAAAAAAGUAACUCUUGUUGCAAUUCAUAUAUAUAAAUAAAUUUAGUUCUUUUUCUCUUCUUAACAAAACUCAUUUAAGCUUAACAGUAAUAUUUUAAUUCAAUAAGUUAUUUGUUUAUUAAAUGUAAAUACAUUGAAAGUAUUAAUAUGUGAGAAUAAUUAUUGUAAAAAAAAUGCUUACUAUUACUGUAAUACAAUUUUUUCAAAGUCUUAAAUAAAUGCCUGAUUAAUUUCA